AUGGUACACAGUACUCUCGCAGCCAGACUUGAAGAAAUGGCCAAUGAAACCACUAUGGUCUGGAAUCGAAGCCCCAACCCUCCCUAUCCAUUGGGUGAUUUGCCACAGGCCGUCUCCUCUGUCACAAUUUCUGAGAGAGCAAACAGUAAUACCCCAAAUGCAAGUGGGAUUAAUACAAAUUCCACUAUGGGUUCAGGCUUCGCCUCAGUGUCGCCUGCAAACUCUUGGGCCCCAGAGGCGAAUAAUACAGCUGCAGGAACACCUACUCCGAUAUCAAUGGAGGCGUUCCAAAGUCUCUAUCCUCACCUUAACAGGCGUGGGGUUGGGACGUGGGUGUGUCCGCAUGCUGAAAAGUGUACCAAGGGCGGAGUGCGCGACGGGGUGCUAGUAGUUUUUGAACGGAAUUCAUCCUUCAAGGCACAUUUACAGAAGCAUGAGAAAGCGUUCAAGUGUAGCAUACCUGGGUGCAAGAACACUACAGGAUUCGCCAGAAUUGAUCAACUGAAACGACAUAAAAUAGAGGUACAUCAUAUGAAGCCCGAGGAUGUUGAGCAUGCAAAAUAA